AUGGAUCGAGCGACGCCAAACAGAAUCAGCAGCGGUUACGGGUCCCUCAAACAGGCAUCGUCAAGUGACCUCGCCGUCAAACCCGCCGAAUGUCUCACCCCGAAGCGGGUAACGCCAUUUCUCACUUACUUGGUCGUCGUGGUCACCCUCGGUCCCCUUCAGUUCGGUUACCACUUGGGAGAACUUAAUGCCCCCGAAAAGGUCAUCACCUGCAAGGCGAAUCAGCUACCGAAACGUGACGGAUAUGACGCAUUCGGCCUUCCUCAGUGUAUUCUGAUGAACUCUGCCCAAUGGGGUAUGAUCCAGUCAUUGUUCACCAUCGGAGGUUUGAUUGGUGCCCUCUUCAGCGGUUCCAUGGCCACAAAAUAUGGACGAGUCUUUGUGAUAAGAUGGCUCACCUUCUUCCUAGUCGCCGGUCCCAUGGCCGAAGCUCUGGCCGGGAAAAUAUGGAUCAUGGCCUGGGGUAGAGCAAUCUCCGGCCUCGGAGCUGGUGCUGCCACUGUCGUAUGUCCCAUUUACAUCUCUGAGGUGUCCCCGGCCGAAAAAAGGGGCCUCUUCGGUGCUUUUACCCAAGUGCAAAUCAACUUGGGCAUUUUGGGGUCACAGAUUCUCGGAUACUUCUUAUCCAAGGGCAGCAAAUGGCGUUGGAUCCUCGGCACUGCUGGCUUCAUUGCUGCACUGACCUUUGUCGGCUUGAUGCUGGCUCCUGAAACUCCUCAGUGGUUAGCAGCAAACAAUCGACCUCAAAUGGCAGGAGGCAUAUUGCGGCGAAUCAGGGGCCGGGACACUGAUAUUCGAGAGGAAAUGGAAGAUUGGGCGAUGUCAGGAGAAGCUGAGGAGGAAAGCCUUCUUGAGCCUCCACGAGGGCCUCGACCACACAAAGAACCAGGAAAAUCCUUUCUUGAGGUCAUCAGAAUCCGCAAGUAUCGAAAAGCAGUCAUUGCGGUAACAGUGACAAUGAUGGCUCAACAGCUUUGCGGUAUCAAUGCAGUUGUCAUGUACAGCGUUGCUAUUCUGGAAAAAAUUAUGCCAAAGCAAGCCGCAUUGAUCACGGUUAUCGUCUCUGCUGUCAACGUUCUCAUCACACUCUUCUCGUCACCCUUGGCGGACAAAAUUGGUCGGAAACCUUGCCUGCUCAGCUCAAUCUCCGGCAUGGGAUUGGCUUCAAUCCUGCUUGCUGUUGGGCUGGCCAAGGAUAUCCGAGUUCUCGCCAUCAUCGGCAUCGUACUGUUUGUGUGCGGCUUCAGCGUUGGAUUGGGGCCUGUGCCUUUCAUCCUAGCCAGUGAACUGGUUGGCCCUGACGCCGUUGGAGCCACAUCCAGUUGGGCACUGGCAGGGAAUUGGCUAUCGACAUUCUUGGUGGCUCAAUUCUUCCCUCUGCUGAUAGCGGCGCUUCCUCAAGGAAGAGUUUGGUGGAUCUUUGCGGUUCUUGCAGGAGCGUUUGGACUGUUUGUUGGUUUCUUUGUCCCCGAAAGUAAAGGCAAAGCCAAUGCGGAUGAGGUUUGGGGCAGGGUCCGACAAACCUAG